AUGUUCGCAUACGCACUGUCCCUGGCCACUGCCCUCCUCGCUGGCACUUCGCUCGCCCUCCCCAUCUUACAGUCCCGCUGGAAUACCAGCGCAUCCUGCGUCGGCCUGCCCGACGGCUCCACCGCCUCGCCGUCAUACAACUUCACGCUCACGGCAUACAACCUCAUGCAGUCCAACGCGAACGACAACAGUGUGCCGCUCGUGCUCGCGUGGGGCCCGCCGGGUACUAGCCCUGCGGCAAGUGAAUGGGUCAUCUCGAUGCUUUCAUGGACGUACGAGUCGUGGGGCUCAAAUGAGUGGCCGUACUUCACGUUGACGGGCGGCGGGCUCUACCCCCGACCCGGCUCCAGCGAGAAUGGCCUCGGAGCAUGCGACUUUGCUAUCAACGAGGGCGACGAGGUCCAUUUCAUCAUCAGUAUCGCCGAGAGCAACCCUGCGGUCGACGAGAUAUACUGCGCAGCGGUGACUGUCCUCGCAGUGAACAACGACGCAGAUAACUUCUCGCUCUGCCUCGCCGGCACCCAGAACAAUCUCGUCUAUGCGCCGAGCACGAACAACACGCUCUACACCUACGACUCUUGCUACCCCGUGCGCGUAUAUCUUCUUCCCUACGAGGGCUGA